AAAGUCACAGGCGACAACGAGGUGGGAAACCAUUAGGUUUCAACUAUUCUAGAAAAAAACCCAAUUUUUUUUCUUCUUUUUUCUUUGAAAAGAUAUGCAACACUUUUUUAUCAAGAGAUGAGUCAGCCAUGGAACCAACUUGACGAUCAACAAGCAGAAAUAAUUCGAGACAGUAGAGCAGGUCAACUUCAGUCCUGUAGACAACGUAUUGCCUUAUUUAAAGGUUUACAAGUCGAUAGUUAUGAGGAUAGAGCAGCUGCACUAGAGAAAAUUAUUCAAGUCAUAAAAUCCUAUGUCCGCAGUUCUCUUUCACCUUCUUCUUCUGCUGCUUCACCUAAUUUAUCUGAUUCAAUACAAGAAUUAGAAGAAAGCAGACAAGACGAAGACUUUGGUGCACAAUUGUUCUAUUAUCUCUUGACCAUCUUGAGAUUAUCGCUUACUUGUCCUUAUUCUGAUGUCAGACAAACAUGUAGAGAUUUAUUAACUGGUUUAAAGGAAUCUGCUGCCAUCUGUAUACCUAAACAAAAAUAUAAAUCACCCUCUCAUUUCAUUCCAAUUUCCGAUAUUUUCUCACUUGAAUCCACUUCUUCAUGUCACCAAACUGUACUUUAUCCACGCUCAUCUAACUUAUCUUUCUCACCUUGGUCUUAUACAAAUUCUUCGGUAGAUGAACCUAUUUCACACCAACAGAUUCGACAACCUACUUCAGCCGCUUCUUCCAUUCACAAUGUUUCCUUGAAUGCUACCAGUUCUGUGGAUUAUACGGGUGGUAGACCAUCCGAUGAAUAUGUGCGACAGAUGCUGAUCAAGACAUUCACAGACGAAGGAAGACUGGCCAACUUGUAUCGUGUACUUGCAUUCUUUCCUACUUUUUUCGAGAUUUUUCAUGUCACUUUUACAAAGACACUCAAGGCACCCCUUGGACCAUUAAACCGUACAUGGAAAACAUACUUGGCCCUGAUGGUUGCCUCAGAACAAAAAUGCCAAUAUUUAGUGUCUAUCAUGAAACUUGAUUUCCUGUACAACGGGGGUGAUCCAAACUGGCUACUUGGAUUGGAUUUUGUACCUACCAAACUACGCAAUAUUUCUACCUUGGUCCUUAAGCUAGCACGACAACCCUGGCGAUUGACAAGCGAGGAUAUCAGUCAUUUACUUGCGGGUGGUGUAUUAGGCGAUGCAUGGAGUCGUGGUGAACUGGUCCAGGCGACCUUGAUCAUUGCUACUUUUCUCGGUCUGUCGAGCUUUGUUCUCGGCUGUGGUAUCACGCCCGAAGUAGACAUGACGGGUGGAUUUGUUGUUCAGCAGCCUGAUUUGACGGGUAUUGAGAAUGAACUUGAUUUGCCUACGAUUCAUUUGGCUGGUGCUACAGAUGAAGAGCAACAUCGAUUCAAUACAGAUCAUGGUGUAGGACUAGGUGUCACAACAACCAGUGCUGAUACAGACGACCAAGCAAUGGAGACAACACAAGAAUUGAUUCAUAAACUCAAGUCAAAAAAGAACUGUGCCAUCAAGGAUCAAAUCCUUGAAAGUCUGGAUAAAAUGAAGAUUCAAGAACCAACCAAAAUGACUGUCAAUACCAAUUUUGAUAAUAAGGAUGAGACCAAUCAUGGAGACCAUGAAGAGUGUGAUGAUGGUAGUCUCAAAGUGAACUUUGUGCAUGAAGACUUGCAACGCUUUGUCAAUACUUCACUUGAUGAGGUUAUUCAACUGGAAGAAUUCGAACAGGAGCAUGAAGAAUAUGCUGAAUUCAUGUUGGGAGAAUAUUGCUGGGAAGACCAUGGUUGCGACUUGGCUAAUCAUUAUUUGCCUGGCAUUGGGGAUGAUUUGGUAGCUGAAUUUACUGAGGCUAUUAGUAUUACGGAUUGGAGUAUUUUUCAUCCUGUGGCAGAAGAAGUGGUUGAUACUUCACCCCUAAGAUACGCUAUUUGGUAUUAUACUCAGAAAAUCAUGGGUGUCACUAAAGAAGACUACACUUAUUCUGAUAUUCCAACCUAUCUGAAUGAUCGCACUACAAAGUAUAUCCAUGAUCUUUGCAUGUCUCCUCAUAAAAUUCAAAAGAAUGAUUGGUGCAACAUUGGUAUCUCCCUUAGACCAGAAGAAAAAUGCCAUGUCAACCUUUUAGUCGCUUCUGCUCGUAAACAAGCCAUUUUGUGUUAUGGUCUAUGUCUUAUCUCAGAAGUCUAACAGACAUGUAUAUGUUUAAAAGUACGGUUAAAUUUUUUUCUUUCGUAUACCUUAAUAAAAAAAAA